CGACGUCACUCAGGACGAAAACAUCUCAGUGCCAGUAGGUGGCAGUGAUGCGACACAGACGGAAAUAGCGGUAGUAAUUUGGUAAACAGCAGAAAAAACAGUUUGUAUUACAUUUCUUAACAUCUUUUGGGAUUUCUAUCAAACUUACGCUGUCUGAAUUACUGGUAGUGCUGCAAAUUAAAGGGAGAAACUCAGCUUGCUAUCCAGCCGCCGCUCCCUUGAAACGUCCAGUGACGCACUCUCUACUUAGCAUAGCUUACGCUAAUUGCCAACAUUCAGUCGUAUAUAACGUCAGUAGAUAAUUUGCUUGUAGAGAUUGUAAAAGUCUCGGGGCAAGGAUGCAAGAGGGGUAUUUGUGAAGAACGACCCCAUCCACGUGCCAUGUCUCUGGUUUUCCCACGACCCAACACCAACACAGUCCACAGCAAGAAGGAUAAGAGACUGAUGGCGGAAGUGAAUGCAUCGCCGCUCAAGCACUUUGUCACAGCAAAGAAGAAGAUCAAUGGGAUCUUUGAACAGUUGGGGGCCUACAUCAAGGAGAGUGCUUCCUUUCUGGAAGAUACUUACAAAAAUGAUGAGCUGGACCCGGCUACCACAGAGGAGCAAGUCCAGGAGGUCCGGGGUUACCUCGCCAAGGUAGCAGGGAUCGGAGAAGUGCUCGCCCGCAGGCAUAUGAAGGUGGUCUUCUUUGGGAGGACCAGUAACGGGAAGAGCUCAGUCAUCAAUGCCAUGUUAUGUGAUAAGGUGCUGCCGUCUGGAAUAGGACACACCACCAACUGCUUCCUGAGAGUGGAGGGCACUGAUGGCAACGAAGCCUUCCUCCUCACUGAAGGUUCUGAGGAGAGAAAGAACAUAGAGACGGUGAACCAGCUGGCCCACGCUCUCCACCAGGAUGAGGACCUAGAUGCUGGCAGCCUGGUCUGUGUCAUGUGGCCGAAAGCCAAGUGUGCUCUGCUCAGGGAUGAUCUGGUGUUGGUGGACAGCCCAGGUAUCGAUGUUACCACAGAGCUGGACAGCUGGAUCGACAAGUUCUGCCUUGAUGCUGAUGUGUUUGUUCUGGUGGCAAACUCUGAGUCCACACUUAUGCAGACGGAGAAGUCCUUCUUUCACAAGGUCAAUGAGCGACUCUCUAGUCCAAACAUUUUCAUCCUCAACAACCGCUGGGAUGCCUCAGCCUCUGAACCUGAAUACAUGGAGGAGGUUCGUAGGCAGCAUAUGGACCGCUGCACCAAUUUCCUGGUGGAUGAGCUGGCUGUGGUGGACCGAACCCAGGCCAGUGACCGCAUCUUCUUCGUCUCUGCCAAGGAAGUACUCCAGGCUCGAGUGCAGAAAGCUCAAGGAAUGCCUGAAGCAGGUGGAGCUCUUGCAGAGGGAUUUCAAGCCAGAAUGCUGGAGUUCCAGAACUUUGAGAGGCGGUUCGAGGAGUGUAUCUCACAGUCAGCAGUGAAGACCAAGUUUGAGCAGCACACAGUGAGGGCCAAGCAGAUCUCUGAGGCCCUGCGCCAUAUUAUGGAUUCCGUACAUAUUGCUGCACAAGAGCAGAGGGCCUAUUGCCUUGAAACCAAGGAGGACCGUCAGGACCGAUUGGAGUUUAUAGAUAAGCAGCUGGACCUGUUGACUAUGGACUGUAAAGCCAAGAUCAAGAAGAUUACUGAGGAGGUGGAGAGACAGGUAUCUAAUGCCAUGGCAGAGGAGAUCAGGAAGCUUCAUGUGCUGGUGGAUGACUUUCACAUGGACUUCCACCCAUCAACAGUGGUGCUCAAGGUCUACAAGAAUGAGCUUCAUCGGCACAUAGAAGAGGGUCUGGGCAAAAACAUGUCAGAGAGGUGCUCCACCUCUAUCACUAGUGCCCUGCAGACCACACAGACGGACAUGAUCGAGGGUCUGAAGCCUUUGCUGCCCAGCCCAGUCAGAGAGCAAGUAGAUAAGCUGGUUCCUCGUCAGUGCUUCAGCCUCAGUUAUGACCUGGCCUGUGACAAGCUUUGCAGUGACUUUCAGGAGGACAUCAGCUUCCACUUCUCUCUGGGCUGGACCAUGCUGGUCAACCGCUUCCUGGGGCCCAAGAAUACCCGAAGGGCCCUCAUGGGCUACAACGACCAGGUCCCUCGCCCCAUGGCCCUGACUCCAGUCAGCACCAGCAUGCCUCCAUUCCCACAAAACUCUAUGACCCAGGAGGAGCUGAUGGUCUCUAUGGUGACAGGUCUUGCCUCCCUUACCUCACGUACUUCAAUGGGCAUCCUUGUGGUUGGCGGCGUGAUCUGGAAGGCAGUGGGCUGGCGUCUGAUCGCCCUUUCAGUGGGCCUCUACGGGCUUCUCUACAUCUACGAGCGGCUCACCUGGACCACCAAAGCCAAGGAGAGAGCCUUUAAGAGACAGUUUGUGGACUAUGCCAGUGAGAAGCUGCAGCUCAUCGUCAGCUACACAGGAUCCAACUGCAGCCACCAAGUCCAGCAGGAGUUGGCGGGUGUGUUUGCUCAGCUGUGCCAGCAGGUAGAUGUCACCCGUCAGAACCUCGAGGAUGAGAUCACUGACAUGAACAGGAAGAUCGAGCUGCUGGACAGCCUGCAGAGCAAGGCUAAGCUUCUGCGGAACAAGGCAGGCUGGCUGGACAGCGAGCUUAACAUGUUCACCCAGCAGUACCUCCACCACAGCAAGUAAACCAGACAGAGCAUCCACCUGACGAUUAAACAACAUCAGAGGAACAUUUGGUACACCUCCUGAAGUUUCCCCUCUAGUAGACACACUUCUGUAUUUUGAAGAUAAUGGGAGGAAAUAGUUAACAGUAUUCUCAAUAGAAGAGUAGAAAUAAAAUGGAUAGUUUGAAUGUCUGACGUGAGUGGAAGGAGUUACUGGGUGGUGUUGAUAUGGAUGUGUGGACAUGUGUUCAGGAUGGGAUUACUGUGAUCAGCUGGUGACUCAUCACACAAAUGAAAAAAGAUAAAGCCAGACUCGGGAAGUAAACAUUGCCUCAGUGUAUUUCCUGAUGUAAUCAUUUAUGGUGAUAUGCAAAUGAACAAUAAACCUGAGGUCUCCAUAUGGCUGAUAGAUGUGACUCCAGGACAGAAGUACAGUCUGAGCUCUCCUUGCAUCUUUAUUGACAUUGUUAAGUGACUCAUACGGCUUCUGUCAGAAACUCUACUCUGUCCUUUUUUUUUAAUUCCACAUAACUCUGCCAUAUAGAACUUGUGUAGUUUUGGUUUUGUAUAUACUGUACAUUGGGAACUAGAAGAGUGCCAUGCUGAAGUAACAGGCAGACCAUAUGAGCGAGUGGAAGAAACUUUUUCUUAUUUUAGUAGGAUAAUUCAGUGAACUGAUGCAAAAUAAUUUAUUCCUCCAGCUGUUGAAGUAUAUUGGGAAAUUGUAACCUUUUUUCAGAGAAUGAUGCAGAGAAUGAAGCAAUCAGAACUGAUCUUAGUUCAGUUGGAGGUUAUUUGAAAUGGCAAUGGGAAAGAAACUUGUAUUGACAUGUUCACACUUUCUCUUAUGGUUACAGUUGAAAUGACAAGAAAGAAAACUACUAUUCAAUCUUAACGCUUAGUUCCAUGAGCACUAAGUAGAGCUUAUUUUAUCUGUGCACAAGUCAGAAGGUUUUUUUUUUCUUGUUACAGUUCAGUGUCAGAGUGGACACCUGACAUACUGAUUGGUAGUUAUUCAAGCAGUUCGGUUUGAUAGCAACUGAACUAGAUACUACCUGUUUACCCAUUUAAUAUUCCUUCUGAGAAUGACCAUACAUUUAAUUUUUUUUGAGGAUAGAUUAUUUAGACUGUGGAUUAAGUGAAUAGAUUUUAGCAAGUUUCACAGCGAAGCAGAAAAUAUAAGAUACCUGUAUGUUGCAACUUUAAGGCUGGUGUUAUUCUACAUUUUUCUUUUGUCAACAAAUUCCAUGUGCAAAGCCAAACCAUCAAUGUGUUUAUCCAUCCCCCACCACUUUCUGACUUCCUUACUUUCUCUGUGGCUUCCAGCUCCAAGCCCAUUGGUCCUACUAAAGACAUAAAUCUUUAAAAACACCUCACAAAUACAUAGUUUUAUUUCCUUUUAAAAGUCUGAGUAGUUUCCUUUCAACUGCUGGGCACUGUAGUCUUUAUUAAACAUUAAUCAAACAGGAGAAUGAAGUGCAUUUGUUGGGGACUAUAUUCAAUUGCAAUAAUGGAGCUCUAUGGCACAGAAAAAUAAGAUAUAUCAGGCUUUGGAUACACACACAAUACUUGUUAGUAGGAGAUAUUCAUUGUUGGUUUGGGUCUUUUCACAUAAGUUGUUAACAAGAAGUAUAUAUAGAUUAUCACAAGACUGAUUUUUUAACUGGAACCCAUUAUAAAUUAUAUUAGUCAGUCACAAUAUUUAGCAUGGCUACAAAAAAACAAUAGGACCAUAUGCAAAUUGUUAAACAAUUGAGGCCAGACUGCCAAGUUAAAUCUCAGAAUCUGACUUUAUUUCCAGUCAAAAUUCAGAAUUUUGACCUUUUCUUGGGAUUCCCACUUUAAAGACACCCUCCAAAUAUGUGUACCAGCAUAUAUGCCAUCUAUUAAUUAACAAAUGUCAGUACAGAAAUGCCAAAUAUAUGUUUGAGGUCUUGUAGAAACAGUCUCCAUUACAGUGAAGUUUAUUUUUACACUAUAAAAUGUCCCACUGAGCACAUAUCCUGGUCACUAUUCUUUAAUAACCAAAUUUAAGGGCUUCUUAUGAGAAAUGUCAAUGCUAUGUGUUUAUGUAAAACAAUGGCUCUGAUUCAGCUGAUAUAUCAUUAGAUUUUUUUUCAUGGAUUUUUUUUUUUAUUUUUUUAUUUUUUAUUUCCCCAACUACGAAGUGUUUUGAUUUUUAAAACAUCAAAGUGGAGCUUAGAGGGAAUUUGUUAUGUCAGGUACACUAAAAACAAAAUCAGGAUGUGCAGCUUUAUUUCUGCUUUUUCUAAUUAAACUCAGAAUCCUGACUUUGUUGACUAUUCACAAAUUAUCUGAGACCUCAUAAUAACAUUUCUGUCUUGCACUGAAUGCAUAUGUGGGUUGGGGUCUGUUCUCUGCUUCUUUCAAUGUCACACAUGGUUGUAGUUCAAAAGAGAGGUAGAAAUCUCAACUACAUCCAAUGGGUAUGUACGAGUGGCUUAUUCCAGAAACAUCCCCCUUUAUGAAAUGAAAUUUUACUUUUGGUUUCUAAAAUGUGUAUAUAAUGUAAUUUAAUAAUUUGCCUUUGAAUGGGAAAAAACAGGGAUAUGUUGAAAGAGAAGAAACCACAUCAGAGUGGAAGUGCCUGGAUUUGUCCAGUAUGUAAGUCUUGGUUGAUUGGGUCAUGCUAUAAAAAUAAAGCCAUAGACUGUGUGUUGCCAAGUGAGCAGGAGGGCUGCUGUACAACACUUCCUUCAGAGUGAAAACAUGCACUUUACCAAGUUGCUUUUUUUAAAUUGUUUUUUCUUCUCAAUAAUGGUUGUCUUUCCGCAAUAUGUAAAACCACAAUGUAGUUGUUUUUGACUUCAGGAAGGUGAAAGUAACUGCAUGUAGUGACUGUUGUAGUUUGUUGACCUGUUAAAAAGUUAAAACAUGUGUGUAUGUAAAAAAUAAAGGUGCCGCAAUGAGAAAAACUUUAUUUACAGUUUAUUGAAUAUUUGCAGCAGUUAUGUAAACUGAAUUAGGUUUGCUCAGUUGUCAUCAAGUGAUAAGUGGUUGUACUGCAUAUACUACUUUCCUGAACAUCCUCUUAUAUGUCUUUGUUAAAAAUAAAACUAUUAGCUGAU